AUGGCUUCUGCAUUGCUAUGUCUUUUCUGCUUCUUCCUUAUUAUAUUGCUUCCAUGUACCUCCCUUGCUCAAACAUCCACAAACAUAUCUUUAGGUUCAUCCCUCGCUGCACUUAAUGAUAACUUGUCCUGGCCAUCGCCAUCUGGUGAGUUUGCUUUUGGUUUCAGACAGAUCGGAAAAGAUGGCUUCCUGCUAUCUGUGUUCAACAAAAUACCAGAUAGAACCAUAGUGUGGUCAGCCAACCGGAAUGAUCUAGUGCAAGAAGGAUCCAAAGUUGAACUUACUAGUGAUGGAAUGCUCGUGCUUAGAAACUCGGAAGCCGGACAGGUAUAGAGUGCUAAUUCUGCUGGCACAGAAGUGGCCUAUGCCGCCAUGCUUGACACAGGGAAUUUUGUGCUGGCCAACACAAACUCAACCAAUUUGUGGGAGAGUUUUGAUGUACCAAAUUAUACAAUCCUACCCACACAGACUCUAAAUCAGAACGGCAAACUCUUGGCUCGCUAUACAGAAACGAGCUACUCACAAGGAAGAUUCCAGUUUAUACUACAAUCUGAUGGAAAUCUCUUGCUUUACACAACAAGAUUCCCACUGGAAUCUCCCAACUUUGCAUAUUAUGCAACCAUGACUAUGGGCACUGGCUUUCAGGUCAUCUUCAACCAGUCUGGGUCUAUUUACCUUACUGCCAAGAACGGAAGCAUACUUAAUAUGGUAUCAUCCAACACAGUUUCAAUGAAGAAUUUCUACCAGAAAGCUACUCUGGAGUAUGAUGGAAUUUUGAGGCACUCUGUUCACCCUAAAAGCAAUGGCUCAAGUUCUGGAACCCCCCUGGCUUGGUCCCUUUUGACCUCUGAACCUUCAGAUAUUUGCUUUAGAGUCGGAGGUGAUUGUUUUUGUGCUGUUGCUGUUUUCAACAAUGGAGAGUGUUUGAAGAAGAGAAUUCCUCUUUCGAAUAGGAGGAUGAACCCCAGUAUUGGUGGAAAACCUCUCAUCAAAAUAAGGAAAGACAGCCCUCCUUUGACACCUGAAGGUCCAAAUGCAAAAAAGAAAGAUAACUCAACUAUGAUCCUCAUUGGAUCAGUGCUCCUCAGUAGCUCGGGGUUUCUGAACUUGGUUUUACUAUUAACAACCUACUCGAUUGUGUCUCGCAUUUAUAAUAAAAAUGCAGGGGUGAAUCAACCUUACUCAGUCAUGCCAUGCAUGAAUGUGAAAUGUUUCACUUACGAGGAGCUAAAUGAAGCUACCAACGGAUUCAAGGAAGUACUAGGCCGUGGUGCUUUUGCAACAGUUUUUAAAGGCGUUUUAGCAUUUGAGAACAGGAAAUGUGUUGCUGUCAAAAGAUUGGACACUAUUGUUGGAGAAAAUGAGUUGGAAUUCAAAGCUGAAAUGAGUGCAAUUGGCAGAACAAAUCACAGAAAUUUAGUCCAACUACUAGGAUUCUGCAACGAGGGGCAGCAUCGAAUUCUUGUGUAUGAGUUUAUGAGCAAAGGUUCCCUAGCAAGCUUCCUCUUUGGAGAAUCAAGGCCUAACUGGUACCAAAGAAGGCAAAUUGCCUUUGGUACUGCAAGAGGGCUCUUGUAUUUGCAUGAGGAGUGUAGCAUGCAAAUCAUACAUUGUGACUUUAAGCCUCAAAACAUUCUUCUAGAUGACUCUUUCGCAGCCAGAAUUUCUGACUUUGGAUUAGCAAAGCUUUUGAGAACGGACCAGACUCGAACUACCACUGGAAUCAGGGGAACCAAAGGGUAUGUGGCCCCUGAAUGGUUCAAAAGCUUGCCAAUCACAAUGAAGGUGGAUGUUUACAGCUAUGGAAUUAUGUUAUUAGAGACUGUUUGUUGCAGGAAGAAAUGCGAAGCAAACAUAGAGGAUGAAGAUCAAAUGGUACUCGCUGAUUGGGCAUAUGAUUGCUAUAAGCAAAAGAAACUGCAUCUGCUGUUGGAGAAUGAUGAUGAGGCAAAGCAUGACAUCAAGAAGAUGGAGAAGCAUGUGAUGAUCGCAGUUUGGUGCAUUCAGGAGGAUCCAUCACUCAGACCCACAAUGAAGAAAGUCACACAGAUGCUUGAAGGAACUGUUGAAGUCUCAGUUCCACCUGAUCCUUCCUCUUUUAUAAGUUCAGUAUUUUGA